UCUGAUGAAGACAGAGGGCAGGAACUCCAAGAGAUUUGAAGGGAGAUACCUCUCAUUUGGGCACUAGAGCUGGACUGUUGGGGUCUCUCCCAGUGCUUACAAUUCUAUUAUUCUGUGCGUUGGCAGAAUCUGCUAAGAAGGAGCUAAGACCAGCUGGAGGUCGAAGAAAAUGGGCUGUCUGCCAGCUCGUAACCACACCUCUCCUCUCCAUAAACGCCCCCACCUUCCUCUUUUCGGCACACAGAGAAAAUGAGCUUCUCAAUUUUUCUCCUCCUAAAAAUGCUCAACCUCUCAUCACUUCACACAGCUUUAAGACCCAUCUUCUGAAUGGAUUUACGAUGAACGACCAAUGUCUGUGUGUCUUGAAGAGGAGUCCUCCACGCAGCAGGCAAAAGGGGGCUGCGAAUGGCUGCAAACGAAGCCUGGAGCUCUUUCUUCUGACUCUGUCUUUGCUUUCUUCUCCCUCUGGUACUGCAAAUAUCAAAGUACAGAAUCCCCACAAGGAGAAGUUGAAUGGGAUCCUGGGAGGCUGUGUGUUGCUCCCUGUAGGUAUUCCUCCCAAGAAAACACUGAAAACAAUUGAGUGGGAUUUCCAGGGAGGAAAUGGUUUCAAAUUUCAACUGGCUGAAUUGAGGGAUGGAAAACUGGAGAGGCUCAAUCCAGAGGACAGGUUUGGGCCAAGAUUGGAGGUGGCCAAUGAGACCACCCUGAGGAUCAAAGACUUGGAAAUGGAUGACAGUGGCAUAUAUUCCAUUAAAGUGAGGUUUAUUUCGACACAGUAUGAAGAUUACACCUUCCACCUCUCUGUGUAUGAACCAGUCCCAGAACCAAAAAUCCUCUCCCAAGUUGUCUCCAAGAGCCCAGAUGGCUGCAAUGUGACCCUGCAGUGUCAGGUGCCUGGAAAGGGGGAAUUCAACAUCUCCUGGAAAGGAGGAGAUGCCUUCAGGGACUUAGAAGAUGGUUCAAAGUCAUAUCACCUCUCUGGCAAUGGCAACAGUCUCCACUUGUUCUGGAAGCUCAACUCCUCAGAGCCCAACAUCACCUGCCUGGUCACCAAUCCAGCAGAUCAGAAAAGCAUCUCCUCCAACUUGCUGCCCAUCUGCCAAACUGAAGGUGGCAAUCAACCCAGACUGCAUUGGAGCUGGAGCUGGACUUUUCUCAUCAUUUUCUUCGUAUUUUUGCUCCUCUUGGCUGGAUUUGGGCUAAAGACCUGGAAGAAAAGAAGGAAGAUGCCACCCAACAGAGCUACCUCCAUGAUGCCAGUGGAGGAGCCACUUCCUGAGCUUCAGUACUCACAGGUUUCAAAGAGGAGCCCCCCAGAAGGCGAUGAUGACCAGGAACAUACCCAUCUCCAAGAUACCCCAACGUCAUUUUCAACAGUGUAUGUGGAGCUCCAAUCACCCGGAAGUCAUUCUGAACAGGUCACGUGAGCAAGGUCUGACAAAACAGGGAAUUCCAAAUUGUCAAGGCAUCUUUCCAUUACCACGGAAGCCUGAGCUGUUGGGAAUCUCAGGAAUCGCUGCUGUAUACAUUCCACUUCCUGCCAAGUACAUGAAUGCAAUUGGUUAAACAGCUUCCUUGCUUUCUUUUUCCACCACCUGUAGAAUCCAGCCCCAAUCAAAGCAUCUUACUCUGUUUUAAAUUUGGUCAGUUUGCAGUCUUGAAUCAAAUACGUAUUUGCAGAAAUUCAGAAUUACUUGCUUAUUUAUUUUUAAAACAGCGCACUAGGUGUGUUGGGCCAAGAGGAAGUCUGUGCAAAGGCAAUUUCUGGUCCCCACCACGAAAAAAGAAAAGAAAAAAGGAACCAUUAGUGAAUUGUCUGAAAGGCAGACAUGCAGGCACCAUAUGGAGCUUAUAAACCACUUAGAGUUCCAUUUUGACAUUAUGCACACUCAUUAUGUUAGUACUGGAGAUUUCAAGGGAAGAUGCAGGGAUAAAUUAUAUCUAUCUAAUUCCGAUUCCCUUUUGAGAACAGGUCAAUGCUCCCCCCCCCCUUUUUAAAGUAACUUCCCUUUUCUGUUUCCCUUUUUUAUUUUAUUGCCAAUACAUUAUCAGCCCUUCUAUCACAGCAUAUGAUUUAUAAUUAGAAAUGUACUUGGCUAAGAACGAAAGAGAAUUGUUCCUACUUCCUCUGCCAGAGAGGGUCAGUCUGGGGGGGAACAGUUUCUGCAACAGAAGUUCAAUUCACAGAGGCGUUUUACUGGGGGAGACAACUAAAACCAAGCGGAUUUGCCCAUGGUGACAGAGCCUCAUGAAUAGUCCCACACAUUCUUGUGGUAGUUUUGUAGAUCAAGGCAUCGCAAGGCGUUUCUGAGGUCCGGAAGUGCUGACAGCUUGGGGGCCUCUGAAGUUCCAGGGAAACUUUUACUCAGAAAAAGCCCUCAGUCACCUGGCAGCGAUAAGAUCAGCCCCAAAGCCUCAAAGCCACCAAAUUUCUAUAGAACUUCUGAAGAGCUCUGAGAAUCAGGAAGAAAAAUGGAAGCCUCUUUGAUUGCAAGAGGAGGAAGCUUUUGAGAAGAGCCCUGCUAAUAGCCGCUUUACCUUCUGAUUCUCUGCUUUUGCAAAAAGAAAAAAAAAAGAUUUCUCUUCUUUCGAACAGCUAUCAACUUAGGCCUUGUCAGGAGGUGUCACAGUCCGGUCUACGGGCGAUCGAAGUCCCAGCUGAGGACGUCGGGACCAGGGGCAAGAUGGCAGGGUGGGAGCAGGAACGAGAGUUCAGAAGCCAGGGGUCCAAGGGUCAGGAAGCAAGGAAUCACAAAGUCAAGGGUUCAAGGGUUGAGAAGCAAGGAGUCAAGAAGCCGAGGUCCGAGGAUCAAGAAGCAAGAAGCCAAACGCAGCAAGGCAGGAAACGUUUUGCUGUGUUGCUGUGGCAAAGAGCCUCACCUGUUCGGCCGCGCCUUGCCUCUCCAGAACAAACUUAGGAAGGCCCCAGUCCUGCGAAGCCCUCCCGGUCACAGGGCCUGGCUCCUGCACGCACUCCUGACAGGAGGACUGUAGACCAUGGGUUUGCUUUUCCAUGCUACUGUUUCUCCUUCUUUUCUCCAUUUUUAAUACACAGACAUCAUAAUUAGUGGCUUCUGCUGUAACGCCAAAGAUGCACAGCUGGGUUAGGGGGAACCAAAGUUCACAGAACAGACAGACAGACAGACAGACAGACAGACAGACAGACAGACAGACACAGUUGUACCUUGGUUGUUGAACGCCCUGGAACUUGGACGUUUUGGCUCCCAAACGCCGCAACCCCGGAAGUGAUUGUUCCAGUUUGCGGACGUUCUUUGGAACCCGAACGUCCGACUCGUCUUCCAUGGCUUCCUGCAGCCAAUCAGAAGCCCCAAUUUGGUUUUCAAACAUUUUGGAAGUCGAACGGACUUCUGGAAUGGAUUCCGUUUGACUUUCAAGGUACGACUGUAGAUAGGUAGGUAGGUAGGUAGGUAGAUGAUGGAUAGAUAUAAGGAAACUGGCUGGUUUAGGGGCCUGGGUGUGUUCAUUGGCAAAGUAUUCUAGACGAAAGUUGGAGUUGGGGGCCUCUGAAAUGGACUUGUUGGAAACGAGGACGGGACCACUUCUGCAACAUAUUGUUCCAUUUCUCACUUUUGUUUAUGAUUUGCUGUUGACUUGGGUAUUACAUGACCAUAUUUUGUACUAUA